AUAAAAUUCUCUCGCACCGUCGAGAUUCUCCAUAAUAUAUAUAUAAAUUUUUUUUUUGUUUAAGAAAUCCAACCCGUCCAAGGUUCCAUUCCUGGAUCCGCCAUUGGUGUUAACCUCAAUUCACAAUCAGAACCAUACCAAUCACAGAGGAAAUGGAUAACACCGAUAACAAUUCAUUGGCGAUCACACUCCGUCCUUACAGACUCUCAGAUGCUGAGGAUUUCUUGAUGUAUGCUGGUGAUGAAAGGGUGACACAAUUCACUCGUUGGAACACAUUCACUUCUGAAGAACAAGCACUCACCUACAUUAAGGACUUCUGUAUUCCUCACUGUUACUGCAAAUCCAUCUGCAUCAAUGACCGUUCGAUUGGAUUUGUCUUCAUCAAGCCACACGUAGAUAAUGACAAGUGCAGAGCAGAGGUUGGGUAUGCGUUAGCUGUCGAGUAUUGGGGACAAGGCAUGGCAACCAGAGCUGUGAAGAUGGCCAUCAUUGAUGUGUUCAAAGAAUUCACCGAUUUGGUUAGACUUCAAGCUAUGGUUUUGGUAGAGAACAAGGGUUCCCAGCGAGUGUUGGAAAAACUUGGGUUUCACAAAGAAGGUCUGUUGAGGAAGUAUACGAUUCAUAAGGGCACAGCUAGUGAUAUUUUCAUGUAUAGUCUUCUGUCCACUGAUCCCAUGUCAUUUUGUUAAGUUUGAAUUUGAAACGAUUGAUAGUAGCAGAACGUUUGAAAUGUUCUCUUACAUGAUAACCAUGUCAUUUUGUCAAGCUAUCCCCUGAAUGUUCUUAAAAGUUUUCUACAUGUGUUAUGUCAAGUUGCUAGACUGUCAA